UCAAAAUGGCUGCGCCCAUGUUUACAUGUGGGCAAAAUUCAUAAUUUUAUUUUAGCAAAAUCUGACUGUUUUAAAAAUCCAAAGGACCCAAACUUGUAAUUCAAAAAUGGAAGAAGAUAGCAGCCGAAAAGGUCAUCGCAAGCGACAUGCAGGACCAAAAGCAGAGAAGAAGAAGGCAAAGAAUAAACAUGAGCAAGAUUUAACUGCCAGACAGAGGAACCCAAAGGCAUUUGCAAUCCAGUCUGUCAAUAAAACAGAGAGGCUUGUGAGAAGGUCAUUGGACGUUCAGGUCAAGAAGCACCAUAUUCCAGUUGUUGAUCGGACCCCUCUAGAACCGCCACCAAUAUGUGUUGCAAUAGUUGGACCGCCCAAGGUGGGCAAAACUACGCUGAUGAACUGCCUGAUCAAGAGUUUUACCAAAACAAAGUUAUCCAAUAUCCAGGGUCCUGUCACUAUUGUGUCUGGUAAGAAGAGGCGAAUAACCUUUAUCGAGUGUAACAAUGACAUCAAUGCUAUGAUUGAUAUUGCCAAGAUAGCUGACCUGGUUCUGCUUCUUGUGGAUGCCAGUUUUGGUUUUGAAAUGGAGACAUUUGAAUUCCUGAAUAUCUGCCAGGUGCAUGGGUUCCCAAAGAUCAUGGGUGUCCUGACUCAUCUGGACAUGUUCAGGAACAACAAACAUUUGCGUAAAACAAAAAAACGACUAAAACACAGAUUUUGGACUGAAAUAUAUCAGGGUGCCAAACUUUUCUACCUGUCUGGAAUGGUGAAUGGAGAAUACCAGAAAACUGAGAUCCAUAAUCUUGGACGGUUCAUAUCAGUGAUGAAGUUCCGUCCCCUGCAGUGGCGAACCACUCAUCCCUAUAUCAUUGCUGACAGAUAUGAGGAUGUCACAGACCCUGAAGCUAUAAGACAAGAUGCGAAGUGUGACAGAAAGAUUUGUCUCUACGGUUACGUCAGGGGCACGCAUUUCAAGAAUCAUAGCAGUGUUCACAUUCCUGGCUGUGGUGAUUUCAGCAUCAAGGACAUGAGUUUCCUCCCUGAUCCAUGCCCCUUGCCCCAGGCAAUGAAGAAGAGGAACCUCAAUGAGAAGGAACGUUUAAUCUAUGCCCCUAUGUCCGGUGUGGGUGGCAUUGUUUAUGACAAGGAUGCAGUCUAUAUUGAUCUUGGUGGGAGCCAUCAUACUGAGAAGGAGCAUCAAAAGUCUAACAGACCUGCAGAUGAGUUGAUGACUUCUUUGAUUGGCGCUAAACAACCCUUAGACUACAAAAUGGCGGCCAGUGAAGUGUCACUGUUCUCAAACACGGCACCACUCAAAGCUGAAGAUGUAGAUAUGUCAAAUACAGAUAUGCCAUCUGAAGAACAAGUUUUUUCCAAUGGCCGAGUUCGGCGCAGGGCUCUCCCUGGCGAUGAUGUUGAAGAUAGUGGAAAUGAAGAAGAGGAAGGAAGCGAUUCAGAUUCUGAAGAUGACGAGUCUGGUGAUGAUGAUGAUGACAAUGAUGAUGAUGAUGAUGAUGAAGGAGAGUACACGAUUGAACCACAAGCCAAGAAGUCCAAAAAGGAAGAAGAAUUGGUGUUUGCGGACAGUGAUGAUGACCUAGAGGAUGGGUUAGAUUUACAUUCUCCCUCAGUGAAGAAACGGACUACCGUUGUGGUUGAUAUGAGGUCUAGUGAUGAGAAUGAGGACAGGGAUGAUGAUGAUGAAAGUAGUGAUGGUGAUGAUGACAGUGAUAGUGAUGCUGUUGAUAAAAGCGAUGGUGAUUCAUCUGAAAAUUCGGAUGAUGAACAUCCUGCAAAAACUGUGAAGGAAAAAGGGAAAUUGAAAUCAAAACCUGGUUCUAAUAGUAUGACUAUAGUUAGCAAAGUUGGGGAUGUUUACAAGAAAGAUACUGAGGCUGAAAGUGAUGAUUCUGAGGAGGAUGAGGAUGAAAACUCUGGUGACGAAAGUGAAUAUUCUCGUGAUAAAGACCAGAGUUCUGAUGAGGGGAUGGAUACUGGUGGGGAUAGUGGAUUCAACGUGCAUGAGGAGUCCGACGAAUCUGGAGACGAGGACAGCCAACUGAGAUGGAAAGACAAUUUGGCGGGAAAAGCUUCCGAUGCUUUCCAUAGGCGACAGAUGAGCACUACUAACUGGAGGAAGAUGGUUUAUGGAAAAGAAAGUACCGAUCAGGAAGAAAAAGACGAUGAGAACAACGAUAUAGGUGGAUUGUUCAAGCUCCCCAAGAAAGUCAACAAGAAGCCCAAAGGUUCGGUAGACGGCCUGGAUACUACCAAGCAUCAUGCUGCCAGUCUACAGGAGUCGGACUUGGAAGAAGUGAGGGAAUUGAUCAAGGAUUGUUUCGUGACUGGAAAGUGGGAUAAAAGUGAAGAUGCGAAAACUCUCUUGGAUGCAGAUGCAGAUGAUGAAGUUUAUGGUGACUUUGAAGAUCUCGAGACGGGUGAAGUGCACGAAGGCAAAGACAGUGAGAGUAGUGAGGAAGAGAAGGAGGAGCCAAAGAAAGAUGAAAUUCCACUGACAAGGGAAGAAGCCAGAGCCAAGAAAAUUCAAGAGAAGCGACUAGAGAGGAAGAGAAAGUUAAAGACAAUGUUUGACAGUGAAUAUGACGAGGCGGAGGGCUCAUCUUCAUAUUUUGAUGAGCUCAAGGCUUCACUGAAUGAACAGGCACAGUUAAACAAAGGCGAAUUUGAAGCACUAGAUGAUACAUUACGAGUACAGUAUGAGGGAUUUCGCCCUGGCAUGUAUGCCCGAGUUGAAAUCGAUUCCAUGCCGUGUGAAUUCAUCACUAACUUUGAUGCCACCUAUCCAGUCAUUCUAGGUGGACUGCUGAAUGUAGAGGAAACUAUUGGUCUACUCCAGGUUAGGUUCAAGAAACAUCGCUGGCACAAGAAGAUCUUAAAGACACGUGAUCCAUUGAUCGUCUCAUUGGGUUGGAGGCGAUUCCAAACGAUACCUCUGUAUACAAUCCAGGAUCACAACAUGAGGAAUCGUCUGCUCAAGUAUACGCCAGAACAUCUUCACUGUCAUGCUGCCUUGUGGGGUCCCAUGACCCCGCAGAAUACUGGUAUUUUGGCAGUGCAGACAGUGUCAGGUGGAGUGCCUGGUUUUAGAAUAGCUGCCACGGGAGUCGUUCUGGAGUUGGACAAAUCGUUCACUAUUGUCAAAAAGCUCAAACUCACCGGAACUCCACAAAAAAUCUACAAGAAGACUGCAUUUAUUGAGGGCAUGUUCAAUUCAAAUCUAGAAGUCAGUAAAUUUGAAGGAGCAGGUGUCAGAACGGUUAGCGGGAUCCGUGGCAUGAUCAAGAAGGCUGCGAAGGUUCCUCCUGGUGCUUUUAGGGCAACAUUCGAAGACAAGAUAUUGUUGAGUGAUAUUGUCUUUCUACGAACGUGGUACCAAAUACAAGUGCCCAACUUCUACAACCCGGUAACCACCAUGUUGCUUCCCAAGGACCUGAAGAACCAGUGGCAGGGCAUGAAGACGACUGGCCAACUCAGGAGGGAGAAGGGCGUGAAGGGAAAUUACAACCCUGAUUCUCUCUACAAGCCUAUCGAGCGUAGGGAGAAGACAUUCCGUCCCCUGUCCAUUCCCAAUGCUCUCCAGAGGAAUCUUCCCUUCAAAGACAAGCCAAAGAUUCCCAGCAAGGCAGUGGACCUGGUCCAGAGCCAGCGGGUAGCAGUUAUCAGGGAGCCUAAGGAAAGAAAGGUUGCACAACUGAUGAAGAUGCUGAAGACGCUCAACACGCAGAAGAUAAAACAGCGGAGAGCCGAGAUGAAACAACGCGUUGGGAAACACAAGAAAGAGAUGGCUAAGAUUGAGAAGACUCGGGAGGAGAAAUUGAAAGAAGGGAAGAAGGAACUCUUUAGAGAACUUGGAAAGUUAGAACAGAAAAAACGGAGAAUGCGCAAGGAUUAGAACUGUAUUGACUUAAUAGUGAUAUCAAAGGACACUUUCAAGUAAAAAUGUGACAGUAUUGGAAGGCUGAUUAUGUACCCCUGGGAAUGUCUUGACCCACGACAGUACUUGCACAUCUACCAUUAUAUUGCCAGAUGACAUGAACUUGCCCCCGAAAUAUUUCCAUCAAAAUAUGAAUGAAAACUGUCAGCCAUACCAUCAUGUACCAUUAUGUAGUGUUCUUCUUUUGCAUUGUGUGGAAAUUGUUUUUUCAUGCUCAGCACAGGGCAAUGAAGUACUCUGUUCAUUUGAUAAUUUCUAAUUGUAAAAAUAAAGGAUGGAGCACUGUUCAUUUUGUGUCAAUAAAUAACAUA